AUGAGACUCAAUCUCGCGGCUUGCGGCGUCGAGUUCGUGAACGGCACCUACCCCGGCAAUUAUACGUACAAAUACCCCAACUAUGCAUACAACGGAACCAUCAGAGGCAUUCUGGAACAUGUCGUCCCCCCACCACCACUUAUAACUGUUCAAGGUUGCAGAAAUCUUUGCGGCGAAGGCUCAGACUACUACGCUUGGGUUGAUGUGAGCUCCACUAUCACCACCUGGGUACUGCCGGUCGUUGGACUAAUUCUACAGGCCCCCUUCGAAAGCAACGAGAAUUUCAAAAGCUUCCUGGCGCUCGCACGUUGGAUUGGCAACCCAAUCGCUAGCAUCUCCUACGUCUUGUGGAACAUCAAAAUCACCGGCAAAUGUGCCAUGAUGGUGGACAUGGCUACACCAUACGAUGAGUUCCCGGGUGAAGACUCUCAGUUUGCUCAAAUGCGGGACUCGUUGUACAUACUGAGCGUCAUGAACCAGUAUCUGAUCAGGCGGGACCUAGUCGGCCGGGACGAAACUAUGAUUGCAGCUGAGAAACUUCUGCGUAUUGCACUUUUCAGUGACGAGCUACCAAUGACCACCGAAGCUAGCCUCACGGACCAGCGGAAGAAACUUGCUGGAACCAUAAGGGUUUUCCGCAAGAAAGGAGUGAUUCCAGUGUUUGUGUCCACCUUAUGGUUUCUCCUCGCCAUGGCAAUAUCAAUUCAGUCUGCAUUUGGAAACAUAGGAACAAACCAGGCCGCUCACGACCUUGCGCUGGGGCUGCUUCUAGCUUUUCUGCCGAUAUUCAUCUUGUCAUGUGUUGUAGAUCGUAACGCUGUGGCGGCAGGCCGGAUCCGCGUGAAGCUGAAUCGUCUCCUGGCAUCUGUACGCAGCGCUCUCAUCGAUGAUGAACUUCGAGAGACCUAUAGGAAACGGAUUCACCGCCCCCCAGAAUUUUUUCAUUGGAUCAGACUCUUAGGAGACGACAGUUUCGAGGACUUCUUUACAGACUUUGCUGGUCAGGGGAGAAUUAGAUGGCACUACGGAGUUGCCCAUCCUCUCUUGUGUAGUUUCGAGGAUAAGUUCAUGGCUGAGGAUGGAAGAGGCUGGCUGCCCGAGCAUAACGCCAACAGAGCAAGGACUUUUAUGCGUGAUCACAGAGACGAAGACCAUCGAUUGAUUUGGUUUGACCCUCGAAUGAUUCGGCAAAUCGCGAGCUCCAUUUGCGUAGUUUGCACUUCAGCUGGAGGCGCCUUCAUCUUGUCAUACUACACACCGACAGUCGGUCUCGGCUGCAGAUCUGGCGGCUAUAUGAUCUAUGUUGUCACAACAAUGACUCUAUUCCUAGUCGAGAUGCUCUGUUGGGGAUUUCGGCCUGGCUACAUAGAGUAUCGGCGUUGGGUGUGGUGGAUCAGUGAUCACACGCCCCAGGAUCCUGUCUCUACGCUGCUGUGUCACUUCGAUCGGACACUCAACCGCGCAAACACUGGCCGAUUCACGAAAGCAGGAAGGACAAAGGUCAAAAGGAUGCUCGACUGGUGGGAGAAAUCGAGGUGGACAGAUCACGUUGAUAUGCUCUUACGGGUCAUAGAAGUAGGAAAUUCGAUAUGGCUGGCCUAUAUUGUCUUUGCUCAAACUGUCGGAUCCUAUGUAACUUGCGAUUGCAUAUCGAGCAUCUGGGCCUCAGGCGGAGGAUAUACCGAUUUUGAAAACGUCGAUUUUUACCGUGAACAUGGCGUCACAUACUACUGGGGUGUCGGCACCUCACUCUCGUGCGCUGUAUUGGUCGUGGGCCUUGCCUACAUUGUUGCGGAAUUUUGCACUCAAAGCCAUCUCGCCACGGAGGACUUUGGGAACGCGUCUGAAGGGAUUAGAUUUACUAGACGGUUCAAGAAAUACACCUACUGGAUUCGAUUGCUACUCGGCUUAUGGGACAAGAUCCUGCUCCUAAUCUGGAAAGUUGUUCGUAUCCCAUGGCAAAGCGCCACAGGACGGGAACCGACGGCAUUUAAUAAGACGUUGAUUUGGGAUUGGAAUGCAAAGCCAAAUAACGCAGACGGGGCGGCCAAUCAAGCACUCAACGACCAGUCUCGCAGACGGUCAAGCACUGGGCCUCUGAUGGAGGAAUUACAACAUGAGGGGUCCUCUCGCGAUAGCCGAACUCCGGAGCGAUUAGAUGGUGACGGACCAGAGGCUCAGACAGACGGUGGCCAGCAGCACGACACUCAUGAUGAGAUUCUCCCUCGCAUCCGGAUGCCGACUUUGCAGCUUUCCCCACAAAUGCACUCGGGAUAUACAUCCUUGCACCCGCCAUCACCUUAA